AUGAGGGCAGCUGCAUCUCCCUCCAAACCAUCCCUGGAGGGUCUGACAGCAGAGGGCCCAGGCUGCCCGGACCAGGGGGGCCAUCCUCUGGACACCCCACACCUUCCACGGGAGCUGCCUCCAGGACUCUCAAAAAAUAUCAAUAUCACAUUCUUCAAUGGGGUGUUUAAAAACGUGGAAAGUGUGGAUGAAAUUUUUGAUUGCCUGGGCUCCCGCUUCACCUGGCUGCAGGCUGUCUUCACCAGCUUCCCCGCGCUGCUCCAGUUCGUGAGCGGCAUGAAGUGUGCGGCCGGGCUCUGCCCCCGGGACUUCGAAGACUACGGCUGCGCCUGCAGGUUUGAGAUGGAAGGGCUGCCUGUGGACGAGUCUGACAGCUGCUGCUUCCAGCAUCGCAGGUGCUACGAGGAGGCCGCUGAGAUGGACUGUCUCCAAGACCCUGCCAAGCUUAGCACAGAUGUCAACUGCAUCAGCAAGACCAUCACGUGUGAGUCCAGGGACCCUUGUGAGCGCCUGCUGUGUACCUGCGACAAGGCUGCUAUAGAGUGCUUGGCUCAGUCCAGUAUCAACUCUUCUCUGAACCUUCUGGACACUUCCUUCUGUCUGGCUCAGCCUCCAGAGACAACCAGCAGGAAAGAGCUGACAACGCUUCUGCCCAGAGUGGUUCCUGUGGAGCCCACCGACACCGGCCUGAUGGCCCUCUCAGGAGAAGUGGCUGCUGAGACCCGAGGUGACCGACUGACCACUCUCUCCAGGACAAGACCAGGCCAAGCCCAGGAAGGCACGGACGUCCAGAGGGCCACACCCCCCCCAGGAUCAGCAGAGAUUGUUGCCACAGCUAGAAGUAUAAGCACUGUCCCUGCCAGCAUGAAAUCUUUGGAGUUGGCUGUGUCAUCCAUCAAAAGUGGUCCUGAGGAAACAUCUAGAAAAGCCUGUGACAGGUUCACCUUCCUGCACCUGGGAAGCGAGGACAACACGUGGGUGAUGCCACAGCUUGGAGAGAUGCUCUUUUGUCUGACAUCCCAGUGCCCAGAGGAAUUUGAAUCUUACGGCUGUUACUGUGGCCAAGAAGGACGAGGUGAACCGAGGGAUGCUCUGGACAGGUGCUGUUUGUCCCAUCACUGCUGCCUGGAGCAGGUGAGAAGGCUAGGCUGCCUGCCCGAGAGGCUUCCUCAGUCACCGGUGGUGUGCGUGGAUGGUGCGCCCAAGUGUGUCGGGCAGAGCCUGUGUGCGAAGCUGCUUUGUGCCUGUGACCAGACAGCGGCCGAGUGCAUGGCCUCUGCCUUCUUUAACCAAAGCCUCAAGACAUCAGGCAGACAAGAGUGCCAGGGCCACCAGCUAUCCUGCGAGGACGGCAUGGGUGGAGGGCCUUCAGCUUCCUCCCUUGGCUCCAGCUCUGAGGAGAACAGCGAGGAAGCCAUGUCCCACAUGGAGGGCCUAAGAAGAACCAGAAUAUUUAUGGGGAAGUCACUUGGUCCUCUGGGGACCAGGCCACAAGGUCCCAGAUAG